UCGUUCCACUCUCAAGUCACUUACCAUCACCACCACCAGCGCCACCAAUUGCGAAAAGCCGAGUCGAAGAAGCGGAAGCCGAGCGCUCGCAAGCUGGCUUACAGUCCGAAGCGAGCCAUGGUUGAGCUGAGGCACUCGGGCAGCUCGCUCGGGAGCCGAGCCUCUUCUUCUCCGAUGAAACGCGACGAGGAUGCUUCCCCUCUCAUCUUCAACGAUCACGUCCUUCGAGAUGAUGAUGACGAUCAUCCUCGCCAUUCAUUUCGAGAUCGUUACCGUUCGUUUUGGUCACAAAUUUACUCGUUUUUCCCUUUCCUUAAUGAUGAUCCUAGGUUUUCUCAACACGGUUCCAGGAUCUCGCUUCUCUUGCUCCUUUUCAUCGCCGUUGCUGGAUUGAUUUCCUUUUCCUCGAUCUUACAACGAUUAAAUUCUCCGUAUUUGUGUAAAAAAGAUGGCAUUGUUCUUCACUGUCCGCGUGUUAAGGAGAAUCCUUCGCUUUGGGAGAAUCCUUUCUCUGCAACUACUUCUUGGAAGCCUUGUGCCGAGCGGCAUGACGGUGGAAUGUCGGACCUUCCUCCCGAGAAUGAAACGAGUGGUUAUAUAUUUAUUCAUGCUGAGGGUGGUCUAAAUCAGCAAAGAAUUGCGAUAUGUAAUGCAGUGGCUGUGGCCAAAAUUAUGAAUGCCACGCUUAUUUUGCCAGUGCUGAAACAGGAUCAGAUAUGGAAAGAUCAAACGAAAUUUGAAGACAUUUUUGAUGUUGAUCAUUUCAUUGACUACUUGAAGGAUGAUGUGCGAAUUGUCCGUGACAUACCCGGGUGGUUUACUGACAAAUCAGAAUUAUUUACAAGUAUAAGACGAACCGUGAAGAACAUUCCAAAAUAUGCACCUGCUCAAUUUUAUAUUGACAACGUGCUGCCUCGGGUCAAAGAGAAGAAAAUAAUGGCCCUAAAACCAUUCGUUGAUAGACUUGGGUACGAUAAUGUCCCUCCAGAAAUCAACAGGCUAAGAUGCAGGGUCAAUUAUCAUGCUCUUAAAUUUCUUCCUCAAAUUGAGCAAAUGGCAAAUUUGUUGGUCUCAAGGAUGAGGAACCGCACUGGAAGUCCAAAUCCUUACAUGGCUUUACAUCUUAGAUUCGAGAAAGGGAUGGUAGGCCUAUCAUUCUGUGAUUUCGUUGGAACUAGGGAGGAGAAAGCUAAAAUGGCGGAAUACAGACAAAAAGAAUGGCCUCGACGGUAUAAGAACGGAUCUCAUCUCUGGCAGCUUGCACUGCAAAAGCGGAAAGAGGGACGUUGUCCUCUUGAACCUGGCGAAGUGGCAGUGAUUCUUCGGGCAAUGGGAUAUCCCAAGGAAACACAGAUUUAUGUUGCUUCUGGCCAGGUUUAUGGUGGUCAGAACCGAAUGGCACCCUUACGGAACAUGUUCCCGAAUCUGGUUACCAAGGAAGAGUUAGCAAGUAAGGAGGAGUUGGCUGGUUUCCGGAAACAUGUAACAAGCUUAGCUGCACUCGACUUCUUGGUCUGCCUGAAAUCUGAUGUGUUUGUAAUGACCCACGGAGGUAACUUUGCUAAAUUGAUUAUUGGUGCUAGAAGGUACAUGGGUCAUCGUCAAAAAUCAAUAAAACCUGACAAAGGACUUAUGUCUAAAUCUUUUGGGGAUCCUUAUAUGGGAUGGGCUACAUUCGUAGAAGAUGUAGUCGUUACCCACCAAACCCGAACUGGAUUACCAGAAGAAACCUUCCCUAAUUACGACCUUUGGGAGAACCCCUUAACUCCUUGCAUGUGUAAAGCUUGAUAGCCACUUUUUUCUUCUCGUUACUUGUUUAUGCACGUUGAGCUUCAUCGAAAUGAAACUGUAUUUAACAAA